AUGGGCGGCGGGCAGAGCAAGCGCGGCGCGCCGCGAUCGGUGAUCGUCAUCUUCGGACCGCCGGGCGCGGGCAAGGGAACGCAAGCGCCGAAGAUCACGGAGAAGCUCGGCGUGCCGCAGCUCGCGACGGGAGACAUGCUGCGCGCGGCGGUGGCGGCGGGGACGGAUGUCGGGAGACGCGCGAAGGCGGCGAUGGAUUCGGGGGGAUUGGUGACGGACGACAUCGUCGUGGCGAUCAUUCGCGAUCGAAUCGCGGCGAAGGAUUGCGCGCGUGGGUUCAUUUUGGAUGGGUUCCCGCGGACGAUCGAGCAGGCGAAGAAGCUGGAUGAGAUGCUGGCGAAGCGCGGCGAGAAGGUGGACGUCGUCGUCUCGCUCGAGGUCCCGGACUCGCUUUUGGAGAAGCGCAUCUGCGGCCGAUGGGUGCACAAGGCGAGCGGUCGCUCGUAUCACGCCACGUUCAACCCGCCGAAGAGCCUGAAGGCGUGCCCGGGUAAGCAAGCCAAGCCGAAGCGCAUGUUUGACGACGAGACUGGCGAGCAGCUCGAGCAGCGCAGCGAUGACACGAAAGAAGCGCUCGUGACGCGCCUCGAAGCGUACCACUCGCAAACGAAGCCCAUUUUGGAGCACUACUCUCCCGUCGUCGCGAAAAUCGACGCGGCAAAGGACAUGAGCGAGGUGUGGACGGCCAUCGAGGCGGUCUUGCCGACGCGCGAAAACUAA